UCAAUUCCAUCCUUAGGCCAUCGCCACAGUACAUUCAUUUGUUUCCUGUUCUUGCCUGCCCUCUCACUCCUUUGAGGUGCACAAGACAGUCACUCGUUAACCUACCUAUCCCCCAAAAUUACCUCCGCACAGUCUGCGUUCGUGUCUGUGCCCCGUCGACAACAGUCCGUGCCCACAGCAUCGACACCUACCCGCCCACCACUCAGUACCCGGCUCUUUGACCAGAGUCACCAGCCUCGUCGGGUGUGCAAACACCUGGAAACUCGGACCAUCAAGAGCACAUUGCGUUUACCAGCCAACUUGGUCAGCCUCGUCGUUCGGGUCUUGACUCGCCGAACCUGUGUGCACGCUGCAUUUCGUUUCCUGCCACAAUCUGGUAUCAAAUACGGCUUGAGGAACCAUUGAAUUCUUUCUUGUUUUCAUCAAUCAAUCAAUCCAACAUUCCAAUAGCUCGACAAACGCCACAGCAAACCAUUUGAAGAUCGACAAUGAGAAGCGCAACGCCUUUGGUCCUGGUAGGACUCUGCGCCGCCUUGGCAUCUGCCAACCCAUUUGACAAGCGUGCAUUGGUCACCCAUUUCGAGUAUGUCACCAUAACAGCCACUGUCACGGGGCUUCCGCCCACCAACACUGACGCAGCGCCCAUUGACGACUCCAACACCGAUGUCGAUGGCUCUAAUGACUGGAGCUCGACCUGGGUCGAUUGGAACGGCGGCCAAGGUGGUGGUCGCAGUUCUGGUGGCGGAUGGGGCGGCGGAUGGGGCGGCAACGGCAACGGCAACGGCGGCGGCAACUGGGGCGGCAUCGGUGGUGGUGGUGGUGGCGGUGGGAAUGGCGGCACUGCUGGUCCCUCGAGCACUCCAGAUCCAGAACCCACCACGACCAACAAUGGAAACAAUCCUCCUCCCAACACCAACACCGGACGUCCUACCAACACAGCUGGGCCCACCCAGCCAACCAACACACCGGCACCAACCCAGCCAACCAACACACCGGCACCAACCCAGCCAACGAACACGCAGACAUCCCCAACCGGAGGCUCCAACAAUCCAGCUCCGACUUCCAUCUCAUCGGACUACAAGCAAGGCAUUCUUGACUCGCACAACAUUCAUCGUGCCAACCAUACGGUCAAUGCUCUGGUGUGGGAUGACAGACUCACCAACAUUGCGGCUCAGAUUGCCGCCAGUUGUGUCUAUGCUCACGAUACCUCCACUGGAGGGGGUGGCUAUGGACAGAACAUUGGGGCGGGAUCCCCUCCCUCUGAUAUCCCUGCUAUGAUUACCAACUUGAUGUACAACAACGAAAUCAACUACUACCCAGGCUAUGGCACUGAGCCCAGCAUGGCUAACUUCCAUCUGUGGGGUCACUUUUCUCAGAUUGUGUGGAAGUCGACCACCAGCGUUGGUUGUGCCACUCAGUAUUGUCCCAACGGUCUCGCAAACACCGGCGGCGGAGUCAGCCCAUACUUUACCGUUUGCAAUUACAGUCCUCCCGGAAACUUCGGUGGACAGUAUGCCGCAAAUGUCCUGGCUCCCCUCGGGUAUCCGACGGUGGUCUUGUAAAGCACUGCACUUUUGCUUUUGUGACGAUCUUGACGAUUUCAUGACAUUCUCGAGAGCAAAGUCGAGGGAAUGCGCCUUGGUUUCAUUGGACACAUGGACGAACUAAUUUGCGUUGGAUUUGUGCAUACGGCAUAUUGCUCGGUUGGGUCGGAGCAAAUUGGGCAUGCAAGGGAUUGUUUUCUGACAUUUGGCUAGCGAGCCACAAGCAUUCAUUCUUUUCUUCGGCCGCCCAAGAAUCAUUUCCUGUGGGUUUGAUCAGGACAUUUCUACACUUCUUGGACCAUACGAAUGAUGAUGGCCCGAGGGUGUUGGGAGAUAGCAAAGAGCAUCAGUCAAGUCUCGUUCGCGGGAAAAUGGACUGGACCUUGUUUAGGAGCUCAGCCUCACGGCAUCAUGUAACAACAAAGCAUUUCAAUAAAUGACUGCGGACAGCAUUGCUUAAAUUCCUUGGUGGCUGAUGUACAUGGAUGCUUGAGGAUGAAACAUAGGGCUUGC